UGAAAUACAUGCCCACCGUUUUGAACGAAUUUGGGAAAACCGGAUUAGGGUAAGAGAGAGAGAGAGAGUCACUAUUAUUGUAUUACUAUUGUGUUUGCGUAUUUUGUAAGCGAAAUUCAAUGGGUAGUGGUGGUGGUGUUGGCGGGAUUCUACUGGACGGCUCAGCUCUGUUGGCCGCCGUCGACGACGAACAUGGAGGUGCGUCUCUCGGUCCUGGAGCUAACCAUCUUCUCCGGAAGCUUCGUUAUUCCAACAUCCCUACGGGAAUAUCUUAUGGACCGGGCCUUUCAGCUCAUGAGGUUAGUCUUCUCGAAAGUAUUGCAAAGCUACACUCAUUUGAUUUCUUUACCAUGAACACAUCUUUUAUUGAUGACACUGUCAAUGAGAUAGCACUUGCUUGGCCUGAAAGUAGAGGGAGGUUUUUGCAUGUAGUUUCUGAUUGCAACAAGGAUGUGGCUCUUAAACUAAGCAAUCACGGUUGGCUGAUCAUCAUUCUAAACAUUGAAGGUGGUGGUUCAAGUGAUAAUUCAAGCACGAUUUACAUUCACAAACUAGAGGAGUUGCCUUUAACUGUUUUUCACUUGAAUAGAAAGGCAAUGGGGAAUGACAAUGUGACGGUUGGUUAUAUCAUGAAGCCUUCUCGUGAAGAAGAUUUUGCAAAGAGAGGCUCAUUCCCCUUAAAUCCUACUCAAAAUGGGUUGAUUUUUAUGCCCAUUACAUUUGAGCUUCCUUUAUCAUCUCAAUUACAAGAAAUUGACAUAGUUCUCCAUAAGGCAACUGAUGAGAUUGUCUCCAUCGAAAUGAGCACUUCCUCGGAAUGCUUUGAUAAAAUUACUUAUACAACAGGCAUGCACGAAUUGGAAAGGUAUAUCAAACACAAGUCAGAUAUAUGUAUGAUUGAUCCACUUGAUAACAUUUAUGCUGUAUUGGAUCGAUUAAAAAUCCAACAGAUUCUGCUUGGUUUGGAAAAUCUCAACGUGGAAGGUCGCUGUAAAAUUAGGGCCCCCCAUUUUCUCAAGGUUGACAAUUUCAGCGAACCAAAUUUGGUGCAUAGGCUAUUAGAAGCUAAACUAACUCUACCUAGUAUUGUGAAACCUCAAGUUGCUUGUGGUGUUGCUGAUGCGCACAGCAUGGCAAUUGUCUUUAGAGCUGAAGAUUUCAAUGGUUUGAGUGUUCCCCUUCCAGUUGUUGUGCAGGAAUAUGUAGAUCACACUUCUACUCUGUUCAAAUUCUAUGUCUUGGGCGAUAAAGUUUUCCAUGCAGUUAAGAAAUCUACACCUAAUGCAGAAAGCUUGAUAAAACUGUCUGAGAAAAAUGGACUCAAGCCUUUACUCUUUGACAGCCUAAAAUCUCUACCUACUGCUAAAGAAAAGCAGCUGACGGCUGAUCAUCAGCAAAUCGAUCUUGAGCUAGUGACUGAUGCUGCAUGCUGGCUUAGGAGAAUGCUUGACCUUACCAUCUUUGGUUUCGAUGUUGUUAUUCAGGAAAACACGGGCGACCAUGUCAUUGUGGAUGUGAACUACCUCCCAUCAUUCAAGGAAGUUCCUGAUAAUGUUGCAAUACCUGCCUUUUGGGAAGCUAUUCUGAGCAAGUACAAGUCAAAAAAGAGUUAAAUAAGCAACACAAACCUCUUCUUUACUCUCAUCAGUUUGUGGGUUAGUGAACGAAUAAAAGAAAGAAGUCUUUAGUUAAAACAUUUGUUUUCGGAAUGUAAUCUUGAGUUCUGAAGUCAAUGAAGCUAUUGGAACUCAGUUGAUAGAUUUUUCUUCUUUUUCAGAUAUUUGCUGGUUUUUUAGUUUGUUUUGACCUUUUUCUCCCUGCAACAAUGCAUCACAAUUCUGGGCUAAUUUACGGGUGAUGAUGGCAUGUUUUCUUACAAAGAUUUUAUCCUAAAUGGAUCGAAGAAAGUGAAAGAGAAGUAUUCCUUUUC